UAAAAAUUAUUGGGAAGGCUUCUCUCCAAGGCAAAAAGCUUAAACCUUGGAGGUUUUAGAAGACAGACUUGUUGUGUUCUUUGAGUCUUGUAUUGAUAGUAAGUAAAGAAUUAUAAGAUACAACUUGUGUGACUUUAAGUUCUGUAAUUUUCUUUUCUGGUUGUUGUGAUGUGUUGACAGUUUUGCUGUGUCUUUCUGUGAGAUUGUAAACUCAAUGUUUUUUUAUUUAGACUCCCAUUUAAAUAUAGCACAGUAAGAUGAUCUUUCACUGUUCAAAGGAUAUGCUUUAGAAAUAGAACAUAAAUUUUUUAUUCCCAAGUCUAAAACAUUGGUAGCUUUUCUUGUCACAUGGUAGUGUUCAACUGUUCUCACUUACAUAGCUGGGUUACUUGCAAUAUGUGAGGUACGUGGGAAUUGAAAUUACUGUUGAUUUGCUUCCAGUAAACCAUUCAGUCUUGGCUGAAGGUGUAUUUAACAGUGAAACACAGCAACUCGGAGCAGAUAAAACUCAACUUCUUGAGUUUUAAAUCUACAUUAUCUGACUGGAUUGCAGUCUUGGGACCUUGGUGGAACUUUGUCUUGUAGCAGUGGUACAGUUCUAUAACUCUUUGAAAUCACAGACGAAGGUGUUUGUAUUGAACUCUAAAAUGGGCCUUGUUUCUUGCUGUGAAGGAGCAGGUUGGCAGAUACAGGCUGCUGUAGACCAGUCCUAAUUGAGCGUCUGUACAACUGCUAGUAUGGUUCUCUGUCCAAGGUGAUAAGACUCACUACAUCCAAGGGUUAAAAAUUAAUAUUUCCAGAAAAGUUAAUGACAAAUACAUGUGCGUCAACUUUGUCCUAACUUUUUCAUACUUUUUUUUUUGUUUGUUUCUUUAAAGGGGCUUUAAAAAAAAGUGGUGUAUAACUCCUUUCCAAAAUCUUCUCUCCGGAGAGAAGCAGAAAUCUUAGUUCUGUGAACUUAAGCAAAGUCCUAAAAUGCCAUAGUAAGUAAACAUCCUUUGGAAGCAUGUGUCUGAAUAAAUCAGAGGAAGAAUACUGUGUUGUAGAACUUCAAUUAAGCUUCUGGUGAUUUGUUUUACCUAAACCAGUAAAUUUUCAGUUUCUAUAUUUAAAUGAUCUAAAUUGGAUUGCUUGUCACUGAGACAGUUUAUACCAUAUCACACUUUUUCUUCUGAAAGCACAUCUAGCUAAAAAACUGAAGUGCAUGAUAUGACAGAGGUAGUGAGAGUGUUCUAAUUUGUAUUGCAAAAGAAUCAUUUUAAAAAGAAGUAAACUGUUUCAAGGUGUUUAAUCUCUGUGUGGAAGUUAAAAAAGUGUUCUUAUACACCCCUCAACUACAAUAUGUAUGGUUUUGCCUUUUUCACUGUUACAUAUCCAUUUCUGUCAACCUGCAAAAUCAUGAUGUUGAGCAAAUAAGAGGAAAGGUUUAAAACAGCCAACAGAAAAAUGCAGUGUGUAAUAAUGUGCUUUUUUGGACAAAGAUUUAUAUGAUUUAUUUAUAAAAUAUACACUACCUCUUACCCCUUUUAGAAAUAUAGGACACAGCAUGAUCCUGAUUGUUUCUAUUGCUAUGUUGCAGUAGCAAUAGAAAAUUCACUGAAUGGGAGAUGGUACAGAAAUGCAAGUUGUUGACUUCUUUCAUUCAUUUGGAUUGUAUCUUUUCUGAGAGGGGUUUCUUUCCUUUUCUAUCUUACUGAGAGCUGAAAUGGAAGAUUUCCAGAACUGAAAAGUGGUUUUUAAGGGUAUAAUUUCUGCCCUCUGGAUCCUUGACUUUCAAAGUUCAUGUGUUGGAAUUCUCAGCCCUUGGUUUAAGAUCAACCAGCCUUCUGAGUUUAGUUGCAAUGAGUUAGGUAGUUGCAAUGGUGAUUUUUAUGUGGUCGUGAAGGUGAAUUUUGGUAACUUUCUUAGAUUUUUAUGUUUGCUUAUUGCUUGCUAGCUCAUAUGUAGCAUUGUUGAUGAGUCACUGUCCCUGAAAUUAUUCAAAAGAUAUGUAGAUGUGGCAUUUAGGGACAUGGUUUAGUGGUAGACUUGGCAGUUCUGGGUUAGCAGUUGGACUUGAUGAUCUUAAAGGUCUUUAGCAACCUAGAUGAUUCUGUGAUUUUGUUAAUAAACAGCUGGAGUAGUUGGAAUCUUGUACCUAGUUGCAACUUAGGCUAACAUGGCAAAUCUUUUAAAUAAGAAGCUGAAUUGGAAGUAAAUUGCUUAGAUAACAUUUUAAAAUAAAAUGUAAAUAGAAGUAACAUUUGUAAAAGUUGGUUAUUGUGUAUACACUGUGAAAUUCUAGAAGUUCUGCUCUCAGUAUCUUAUGUCAGUAUUAAACUAAUGGUGCAUUUUCUUAUUUUUUUCCCUUGAGAGCAGUGUUUAGUGGUUGGGUUGGGCUGCAGCAGUAGCUACCCACACUUGUUACAGGAAUACUCAUAGAUUACCAUUUAAUUAUUCUUUUUUAGUGAAGUCUGCUGGAGAAAGAGAUCAUACAUGAUAUAUAAUGAGACAGGAAGAAAAGCAAAGAAAAGAUGGAAAUGAGUUGUGGGGUUUUUUUUCCCACUGUGUGCUGAUGAAUUCAUAAAUGAUAGGCUUUUUCCUCUACUGUCAUUAUAGGCUGUUAAUAUAGUAAAGUUCCCAGACUGGUUUACAGCAAGUAAUAGGUCAGUCAGGAGUGUAUCCUAGAAAUCAGUGUGCCACAGGCCUCUGUUCUGGAAGGGGUUGUUUGAAGGGCAAGGAGACUCCAUGGAGAUUUCUUUUCUGGGCCAGGUGUACAGGUGCAGGCACAUGAAAUCAGGUCAUUCUGGCAAGUAGGAGUGAUAAGCAACCUUAUGCCUCCAGUUGAACAUAAAAACUCAGGUGGUGAUGGAGAUCUACAAAACCCUGCUGGAGAUGGAGUGUCAUUUGAGACCCAGCAGUGUAUCUGAAAUCUGGUGCUCUUGCUUCAACUCUGGAUUUCUUGUAGGUGUCACUGAAAUGUUUUCUGGGGGGAGUUAGAGCAUUUAAAGGCACUUCUGCACAAACAGUAGUUACUAAACUUUGUAAGGCGACCCUGAGCCAUUCCUCAGGGCUGAUGAACUUCAGGAAAAUAAAUGAAUAUAGAAAAGUAUUGGAAUAGAUAGGUAUUUAGAAAUAUACAAAUAAAAUUAGGAUCCUGUACGUGGUACUUCAAAUGCAGAGUAUGUAAUAGGAAAUAAUGGGUUUCCACAUGGAGCCUUGCAGAUCUCUAGGAGUGUAUGUGGAAAUAAUUGGAGCCUUACAAAUAAUCGUGGUGUGUUAAUGGGGAGCUACUUUGAAUGGGUAUGAGCUGGUCCCAUGUGAUGCCUGUUUCCCAGUGAGAGCAAACUGCUAUCUUUAGGAAAUUUCUUAGUGGAAUCUUUGUAACAGCUGUUUCAAGACCCCAGCUGCUUUCUGCUGUAUUGAUAAUGCAUGCUUGUCUUAUCAGGAAUAGCACAGAGAGGUUUGUUCAGUAAAUGCAAAAAAUUGUAGCAAAACAUUGCCUUUGACUGCUUCAAUGCAUCUCCAGUGCUGCCUAUCAUCAAGUCUGCAUUGAAGCCCUUGGGAUAUUUCUGUUUCUUUAGAAAUGGUAAGAGACAGCGAUUGCACUUGUACAUGUGAGCUGAUGGUAAGGAGAGAGGAAUAGGUAAUAACUUGUAUGUGAAUGUUUGGUACUGUAAAUCUUGCCUUACCAAACGUGGUGUCUCUGCAGAACUCAAGAAAAUGGGUUUUAGAAAAACUGAAAAAGAAUCUGUUAGAAAGCAGUAAAGAGAAAGAGAAGAAAGAAGACAAAACAGUAUUAGCAACUUCCCCAAUUUAAAAAAAAAAUACAAUGCAAUGUAUGAUAGCUAUUCUUUUUUGUGUGCUUCUUAGUUUCAAGAUGAAGCUGAGACUGAUGGUGAAGUCCACAGCUGAAGGGUCCCUGCAAUCCCAGAACUGAGGCAGUGUAACAGGGAGUAGUUAACACAGAGGGAAUUUAUUAUUACGGCAUUUUUAUGUAGCCUUCCACCUGCGGGUUUACAGUACUUAUUAAUAACUUUGAAUUAUUUCUUCUUUGUAAAAUCUCUUUCACUUUCACCUUGCAGUUGUUAGUGGGGUUAUUCAAAGCAGCACUUUCCCCAAAAGAAGCACUUUAGUUUCUGUGUUGAUUUGUUAAACUUCUCAUACAAACCAGUGAGCUUUCUGAUCUUACUCUGUCUCCAAAUUCAGAAUUGUAUUGCCAAAACAAUCUUUCCAUUUCCAAGCUGUAAUUAAAACAACAGUCUAGUGGUGCUUAACAAGUGGUCAAAUACUUUUAUUUCUCUGUUCUCAUACUAAACUUAUGCAUGAGACAGUUUUACGAUAACUUCCUGUAAGAGAAGGCUUCUUCAUUAAACCACUUAAUGGUGGAAAACAAAAGAGGGAAGGGUGAUCACUUUGUAUAGUUCUGUAUGCUAAGAUAAUGUUGUAUUUCUGAAAUUGGUAGAAGAAAGUCUUGCUCCAUGCACAUGGGGCAAGACUAUGCACACACUCCAAGAACAUCUUCAUGUGUUUUGAGACAGGAAAACAAGAUUUGUGAGAUAUUGAUAAUAGUUGUGAUGGAGAGGAAUGCUUGACAUUUUGACAAAGAGUAUAAGGCUAUUUAUGCUUGAGUUUUAUUCAGAGGAGAGUUCAAUCUUGAAGCAAAUCACCUCAUUGUUCCUGUUUGCUGUGCUCAUUUGAUUGUUUUCUGGAGUGGUUUUGGUAUGUGCUAACCAGGCUUCUUCCAAAAGAAACAAAAUCAUUCACUCUUUGUGUGCACCUAAUGUGCCUUUACCCUCGAUAAGGUUGUAGAGGUUUGAUCAGUUACUGGAUCAUUUUUGGCAGCUUUGAACCUCCAGUGGUAGGAUCUGGUUCAGGAAGUUGGAGUAAAUAUGGCCUUCAAAAACAAAUUAAAACUCCUGGGCUUCAUAUAGUAUGGGUGUAAAGAUCUGAGCAGCAGGUGUGUUUUGAUCUGCUCCAGUUGUGCCAGAUUGUAAUGCAAAUAUAGCCUGAUGCCAUUUAUUGUGGGUUUGUUUUUUUAAAGAAACAUCAGACUAGUGGUGAUUAAUUGUUAGGGUGUUUUAACCUUGUCAACUAUUCGGAGGUGGUAAUGUUUUUAAAUUUAUAUCUGUGACAGUUUGUAUUGUAUGUGGGACUUGACAGAUAAGUGCUGCAUUCAUGAAGUGACGUACAGAAAGACCCAUUCUGAAUGUUCUUGCCUUUGGUUUUGAUCUGGCUGUUUUUCUGGGGCAUGGUGACAGGGCAGAAGAUAAAUGUUUGCAAUGUAAUGGUUCUGUAGGGAUUCACAGGUUGUGCUCAGAACAUGAUUAUAGCUUAAAAGACAUCAUAAAUAUUUGGAAUCAUGAUAUAAAAUAACAAAGAGCUCUAGCUCACUUAGCAAAUCUUUUCCUUAAUUCAGUAAACAUUCACUGUGGUGUAUGUCCACUUUUCCUGUGGAGGGGAGGAAAUUAGUUUCUUAAUGUUAAAACUACUCCUUUGGUGAUCUGAGCUAACUUUUGUGGUUUGUGCACGUAUUGGAAUUUGGAAUUGAUUGUUUUUUCAAAAAAAAUUAUAGGAAGAGCAGACACUUAAUAUAAUUUUGCUUUCAGUUAUUCAGCAUCAUCCUUUUAAAUGCCUCAUUAUCCUACACUGUUCCUUUUUCUUCCCCACUGUAGCUCCUUUUUUUCCUAAGUAUUUGAGAUUUCUUUGUAUUUUUGAAAUAAACACUUUUGUCAGCUUGAAAUGACAGAAAUUAGAAUGAAUCUGAAGGCUGCACCAAGCAUGUAGGACCACUUUGCUGCACAAUCAGUGUUCUUGGAGGUAGCUAGACUGCUUUCCAACCCUGGGAAGGGCUAGGGAGGCUGUAGCCAGGUUCAGCCCUUGGAGCAAUAAAUAAAAGCCCCAUGCCAGUUCAGGCAUGAGUGUGAAUGGCUAGUAUGAAGGAUGGCUUGGUAUUUAGAGGACAAAAGAAGUUAGGCAAUGACAGUUGGUUUGAACAAUUGCACAUAUUCGGUGCAUUAACUUUCAUUAACAUUAUUUGUAGUACGUUGCUAUAAAAGCAAUUUUGAAAUAUGUUUUGAAGUUCAGUUCUUAGCAGCUCUCCAGGUGGCAGAGAUAAAAGGAACUUGUGAAUAUCACAAGUGCUGGAAUCUGCUGGAAACAGGCUCUUCAUAGCAUUUGAAGGCAAGGCAGUAUCCUGACUUAGCUCGAGUGUUUUGACUACUGGAGUUUGAUCCUGUUGUCUGGCACACUUUGCUGUAUUUAAAGAUGAUGAAAGGAUGUAAUCAUGGUUUUACAUUUCCGUUGGCAUUUCUGUGGGGUUUAGUAAGGUUUUACUAAUUGCCAUGUCCUCUGGUUGUAAAACUUUCUUGUUGAGUCCAGCGUUGGCAGCGAGAGGAGCGGGGCAGAGCACAUUGCAGGGGCUGUCAGGUGACAGCUGCUGCCUGCCUUGUGCCUCACUGCUGUGCCCUGCUGCUUUCAGCACUGGCGGCCAUCGGGGGGAGAGUAUGCUUCAGGUAUUUGGGGUGAUCCAAUGGGAAUUGCAUUGAUCUGGUGUUUAGCUCUGAUCCUUAUCAAAUGGAUUACUUCUAAGAGACGUGGAGCAAUUUCCUAUGACAGCUCUGAUCAGACGGCGUUGUACAUUCGUAUGCUAGGCUCUUGUGUAAUAUUCAAACAGCUGAGCGCAAGAGAUGUGCGAGUAAGAAGUCGGGCAGGAUUUGAAACAGAGAGAAGAGGUUCUCAUCCAUACAUUGAUUUCCGUAUUUUUCACUCAAAUUCUGAAAUUGAGGUCUCUGUGUCUGCAAGAAAUGUGAGAAGGUUGCUUAGUUUCCAGCGAUACCUGAGAUCUUCCCGUUUUUUCCGUGGUAUCACUGUUCCAAAUUCUUCAAACAUUUUAGAUGAUGAUUAUAAUGGACAAGCAAAGUGUAUGCUGGAGAAGGUUGGAAAUUGGAAUUUUGAUAUUUUUCUUUUUGAUAGACUGACAAAUGGAAACAGUCUAGUCAGCUUAACCUUUCAUCUGUUUAAUCUACAUGGACUAAUUGAACACUUCCAAUUAGAUACGAUGAAACUUCGUAGAUUUUUGGUUAUGGUUCAAGAAGAUUAUCAUAGUCAAAAUCCUUAUCAUAAUGCAGUUCAUGCUGCUGAUGUGACUCAGGCCAUGCACUGUUACUUAAAAGAGCCCAAGCUUUCCAAGUCUUUAACUCCAUGGGAUGUCCUGCUUAGUUUAAUAGCAGCUGCCACGCAUGAUUUGGAUCACCCAGGCGUUAACCAACCUUUCCUAAUUAAAACAAAUCAUUAUUUAGCGACUUUAUAUAAGAAUACCUCAGUAUUAGAGAACCAUCACUGGAGAUCGGCAGUGGGGUUGCUGAGAGAAUCUGGUUUAUUUGCACACAUGUCAUUAGAAAACAGGCAGCUGAUGGAGAGCCAGAUAGGUGAUCUCAUUCUUGCCACAGACAUCAGUCAACAAAACGAGUACCUGUCCAUGUUCCGAUCCCAUUUGGAUAGAGGAGAUCUAUGUUUGGAGAACGCAAACCAUCGUCACUUCAUCUUACAGAUGGCUUUGAAGUGUGCAGAUAUUUGUAACCCCUGUCGGACAUGGGAGCUGAGCAAGCAGUGGAGUGAAAAAGUAACGGAGGAGUUCUUCCAUCAAGGUGAUAUUGAAAAAAAAUAUCACUUGGGUGUGAGUCCACUUUGUGACCGACAGACAGAAACUAUUGCCAACAUCCAGAUUGGUUUUAUGACUUACUUAGUGGAACCACUGUUUGGGGAAUGGGCCCGGUUUUCCAACACGAGGCUGUCACAGACAAUGCUUGGCCACCUGGGACUGAACAAGGCAAGCUGGAAGGGAGUGCAGAGGGAACAGGCGGGCAGCGGUGACGAUGUUGACCCCACUUUUGAGGAAAUGGACUCAGACAUUUUACCUCAGGAACCUCGAUUGUCCUGACCUCAAUCUCCAUGACAAAACUGCCUCUUCCCUCGGUAUCCGCACGGUUGGAUUAAAGGAGACACAUGCCAGCCCAAGGUUUUGGUAGAAUGGUAAAAUGAUGCCAGCAUUAUUUAUUUCCAAGUUUUCCUUUGACACAGACCAUUUGACCCAGAAUUUUUUUAAGCCGCCAGAUCUGAACAUAGAGCAAUAUGCACCCGCCUCGGUUGGUUGUGUUCGGAACCUCGAAUAUGCAAAGCACAGCAGCGACCGAGCCUUGGAGCAACGGGACGGAAGCGCCAUCGUGCCCCAUGGCUUGGGUUUUCUCAUGAUAUUUGGAAUACGGUCUUCAAAUCUAAGACUUGACAUGGAUUGUUCCACUCCCUUGGAAUUUAGCAAGACUCGCAUAAAUGUGUUCAAAGCAUACCUUCCACUCAGUCCCUGUUUUAAUACGGAAAUGUGAAGUGCCCAUCCUCUGCUGCCUCUGGCAAGACUUGAUGUUUACAAAUGUACUCUGAAACUGUCGGUUCUAGACUUAACCUUUGCGCAUGGCUGUGAAGGAACCACUAACUUGGGUUUUUUUGCUUUUUUUAAAGAAAAAGAUCAAAUUUGAGACUGCAGCUCUUGUUUCUUUGGAUGCCAGAAAAGCCUCCCAUUUGCCAUAAUUUUGUUUGCGCACUGGGAACUGAGCAUUCAUCAUAGAGCACAGCCAAGCUUUACUCCAGUGCUGUAUGGGAAUGCAAUUUUUUAUCAGCGAAAAAACACUUCUGAAUCUGGGAAGGGGUGGGGGGGAAGCGUCCGAACUGCAUUGCGAUUCUGCAGUGGGAACAUCGCAUGUUGUUCUCACUAUUGUACACUUGAACUGCACAUGCAAGAAAAAGGUGGAAUGUCUAAACACCAUAAUCAGCUCAGGGUAUUUGCCAAUCUGAAAUAAAGUGGGAUGGGAAGCGUGUCCUUCAGAACAAGGGUACAAAUGCCCCUUUCGCUGCAGCGUGUGUGUAUGUGUGGGUGUGUGAGUACGUUUGGGACCGGGGAGGGCGGGAGGGCUCGGGGAAGGGUUUGAACGGCAACAUUUUUUCUUUUUCUUUUUUUUUUUUUUUUAAUUUAUUCUUUUAGAAUGUGACAAUUUCAUGAACAGCCACACUGGGGAGGAAACUGUAACAAAUUGCUACAGAUGCCUUAAACUAUGCACAAAGCUAAGUGACCAAAUUUGUUUUUGAUUUGAAAAAAAAAACAAUAAAAAAAAGUGCAUUGUUUACGUAUUCCUCCCUCUACUGAAACAUUACCCACUGAUGGGUUUUUGAUGGGAAAAGGAGAAAAUGUUUUUUAGGACAAAAUUAAAGGACUAAUUUUAAACUUAAAACAUUCCAUUUUUGUAAUUUGUUUUACAUUGUUUUAAGUACAGUAAGCACAACUGUAAUCUAGUUUGAGAAACUGGUGCUUUCUUUUAGUUCAUUUGUAUUUCCCUGUUAUUAUUGUAAAAGACUGUUUAUUAAUUCUGUUUACAGUUUGUUGCAACAGCCAUUUUUGGAAGAGAGCUUCAGCGUAAAGCCAUUUGUAAAGGCUUUGCCAUAUUCAUUUUAAUAUGUGCCUGUUGCUGUUAACUUUUAAUUAAUAAAACAAAAUCUUUUCACAUUAUGCUCCUGUACAUUUAAGUUAUGACUGAGUCCAGCGUUGUGGAAAGGUAGCUAAGGUUGCAGUCAGCUUCCACUGUAAAACUAAACCAACUUUUGGAUUUGAAAAUACUAGUCCUCGUAUGCCAAAAUUGAUUGCCUCUUGGAGCUUGGCCUUUUACUGUUUGAAAAGCAAAUCCUGACUUACCUGAUUGUUUCCCUUCUAAAACUGUUUAUUAUUCUUUCAUGUUCCCUGAAGUAGUAUCAUUAAUCUCAAAGUGGCCAUGUUUAAAGAAAUAAAUUUCUAAUGAAACCAUU